AGCCACUGCUGAGGCUGGCUUGUGUUGGCGUGUGAUGGACAGAGCUGCAUGAAUGGAUGUACUGCAGAGGGCUGUGUGACAAAGUAACGUUGUAUUCAGGCAGCCUGUUCAGGGUUAAUGUGAGAAUUUAAUGUUUGCAUCCAAUGUGGCUUAAUGUAGUUUAAUAAGUUGCAGUUUCGCAUUUAGCUUUUAUUAAAUUUCUUGCUUGUGUAGGGUACGCAGGCUGAGGCUAGCUACUUGUUUAUUGUGAACCGUGAGGCGCCGAGAUACAAGAUGCUAUCCCUGGCGUUAAUUAAUUGGUAGUUAGUAGUAAAAUUGAUGUUUUCUGUAUCUAUGCGGCUCAUUAAUAUAGUUUCAUUAACACAAUUGUAACCCUUGUGUGGCGUUCGGGUCUGUGGGACGCUUACCAAGAGGCAAAUUAUGCAAUUUAUUCUUAUUUCAACCUCAUUUUCUAUAUAAAAACCACACAUUUUCAAUAACUUUACCCUGCAAUUUUGCUUCAUUUAUAUUUGCACUGGAUAACGUGUUUUUUUUUGUUUUGUUUUGUUUUGUUUUUUCCCGUUUUUAUUACAUUUUGGCACACAAACGAGUAGCACUUUUAUUAAUAAGUGUGCGCUAACAGAGGUAUAGUCCAAAUAUCAACCAGUAUGUGGGCAGUAUUGCUUGGAAUUAAAAUAAAGUAAGCCUCCGUUAGGUAUUUUUACAUAAAUUGUUGUGGCUGUAUUAAUUUAAUAACACAAUAAUGUUAACACCACACAAGGGUUAAACGAUAAAGAGGCCUGACUUUGUAGUAGGCCUACCAGUACUUUUAGAAGCUAAAUGAAACCCUUUUCUAAAGGAACCAGAGUAUUUAGGUCAUGUACUAGAUAAUCUCCAGUAUCUUUUUAUUAGUAUAGAUUUUAUUCAAGUAGAAUACAGUUCUGUAAUCAGUUUUACAGUUCUUUUGCAUUGAUGGUAGGAAAAUGUAGUUUAUUGUAGUAAUGAGUGGAUAGAUGCCCUAAAAUUAAGGUUGUUUUGGUUUUUUUAGUAGCUUCCAGCCUUUUGGAUACAAACAUUAAUUGCCAAAUAAGAAAAGACAAGAUAAGAUAUCCUUUAUUAGUCUCGUAGUUGGGCAGUUCACAUAAUUACAGCAGCAAACUGGGAUAGAAUACAUAGAUGCAGCAUAGCCUAUAACAGUGGUACUAUACAACAAUAGAUGAAAUGUACAAUACAAGGUAGAAGAAGUAUAUAUUUAUGUGUGUAUAUCAGCUGUCAGGUCUGACUGUAGUAAGCAGAAAGUUGUAGCUUUUUGCUGCUCUGACGUUUUUGUUUGUUUUUUAAAUAUUUCAUUCUGACAGCUGGUUGCGUAAAAUUGGAGCACUGAGGAUCAUUUCUUUAAACAAAUUGAUCCUUAGAGUAAGAGUGAAUUUGUGUUGUGAGCUUGUGUAUGUGUGAUGAGAUAUGAUAUAAAAUUCUUCCCAUACUUUUGUUGCAUACAGACUGAACAAUUGUGGCCCCUUUAUUUUAUUCAUUAAGGUUCAGUGUAUCUUUGCCAGCCUACAUCAAUCUGCAAAGGAGUUGCAGAAAAGCCUCAUGUUCAUCGAGCCGUGAGUCACACAUAAUUUUUAAAGCUGUUAUGGUGAAUAUCCAAACAAUUUGUUUGCCUUCCGGAAGUUAUUGUAGCCUUUUUUUUUUUUUUUAAUUAGAAAAGAAAAAUCACACAAAUGGGUAAAUCUUCAUUACCAUUUGAAGUAAUAUUACACAGCUUGAGCUAAGACGUCUGGUCGCGUUGAGUCCAAACGAGCAGUUUUCCAUUACACGUCUAUUUUCAGAAGGCAAUUUUAGCAAUCAGUCCACACAAAAACUUUGCACACAGCAUUUGCAAUCUGACUUGUGUAUGACUCCCAACUUCUUACUACAGGUAUGGGCAAGAAAACUGUUUCCAUUUAUACUUUUCUACAGCGGGUUUAAAAUUCUGCAGCUGAGGUCUUGAAGAUGCAGAAGGGGGAUGAGACGCGGCAGAGGGUCAAGUUCACUGACGAGCGAGUCUGCAAAAGUCACCUUCUCAACUGCUGUCCACAUGACAUCCUUUCUGGAACUCGUAUGGACCUUGGGGAGUGCACUAAGAUCCAUGACCUGGCACUUCGGGCUGAUUAUGAGAUUGCCUCCAAGGAGAGAGAUCUUUUCUUUGAACUUGAUGCAGUGGAUCACCUAGAGUCUUUCAUUGUCGACUGCGAUCGGAGGACAGAACUGGCCAAGAAGCGCCUGGCUGAGACCCAAGAAGAGAUCAGUGCAGAGGUGGCAGCAAAGGCAGAGAAGGUGCAUGAGCUGAAUGAGGAAAUAGGAAAACUCCUGGCCAAGGCUGAGCAGCUUGGAGCUGAGGGCAAUGUGGAUGAGGCUCAGAAAGUCCUGCAAGAAGUGGAAAAAGUCCGCACGAAGAAGAAGGAUGCAGAGGAAGAAUACAGAAACUCCAUGCCAGCCUCUAGCUUCCAGCAACAGAAGCUCCGGGUGUGCGAGGUGUGCUCGGCUUACCUUGGUCUCCAUGACAACGAUCGUCGUUUGGCUGACCAUUUUGGUGGGAAGCUACACCUCGGCUUCAUUCAGAUCAGAGAAAAACUGGACCAACUAAAGAAAACGGUGGUCGAGAAACAAGAGAAGAGGAAUCAGGAGCGCCUAAAGAGACGAGAAGAAAGGGAGAAGGAGGAAAGGAUGAGGAGGAGGACCAGAUCACGGAGCAGAGAGCACAGAAGGUCCCGUUCUCGUGACCGCAGAAGGAGACGCUCACGAUCCACGUCACGAGACAGGCGCCGUUCCCGCUCUCGCUCCAGGGAGAGGAGGAGGCGGCAUCGCAGCCGAUCCCGCUCACGCAGCCGAGGACACCGUCACAGCCACGAGCAGAGCUCCAGACACAAGUCAUCCAGAGAUCGAGAGCGCUCUUCCAGGGACCGCGAUCGCUCCUCCAGAGACCGGUCACGGGAGCGAGACAGAAGGGAUGGUAUGAACGGCAGGUCGGACUCCCGCAGGGCGGACGACAGGGACAUGGGGGACCUCUGAAGACCAAACUCCAUCCACGAGAACACACACAGCUUCCUCCUGUCUGUCCAUUUAUAAUAUCCUAAUGUCACAUGCAGCCCUUGCUUUGACCCCGCCCCCCCUGUUUUUUCCCGCCUGCCUCCUUUCUUUGCUUUAGUGCAGCCAGAGUGCACACAUACUUGAAGUAUUGGAUGGAGUCUUUUUUUCUUCUUCUUUUUUAAUAACAUCACAUACAUCUGAUUGUUUUUGGAUUUGGCAGGUUAUUGAUCAGUAGUGGAGUGCACUUUUAAUGCCCACGUCUGUAAUUCGGUGGCUGUCUGUAUCCAGUCCAUCCCUUGUCUUGUUACUACCCUGAAAUGUGUCCACUAGAAAAGGCAAACUGGUCUGCCGGAAUGGAGCAUAAAAUGUAACUGGUCCGUAUUCUUUUAUUAUUAUCUGAUGGUGUUUUGAUAAAGAAUUUGUCUGUAAAUAUGUUUGGGGCUGACUGUCAUGGUCUGAACAAGCCUCGUCCUGUCAAGUAGUUUUUUUUUUUGUUCCUUCUCUCCCUUUGAAGAUUUAAUUUCACUGUUUCAAUGCAGUUCUUGAAAGCCUGUCUGCAUCAAGGUCUUCAAUACUUAGUUCUCUAAACCCCACUUAAAAGUUCAAAUUCAAAGGUUUCAAAGAUUCUAGUGUUAGUAUCCAACUUGCCUCCCUUUUUGUCUUUGUCUUUAAGUCAUCGGGUUUUGUUUUUUACAGUCAGUAGUGAAAGGAACUCAUUUGGUGACGAGUUUGUUCAAUGUAAGUAAAAUCUUACAAACCGUUGGUGGCAAGUCUCUUUAUCAUUUGUUUCUAUCUUGAUUUCUUUUUAACAUACUGAAAAUAAACUCUCUAGAAUUUGUGUUGGCAUGUGAAGCAGUAGGUUCAGAAAUGAUAAAGGUGAGUAGCUUUGAACUUUUCUUAAGUGAAAAAUUACAAUUUUGAACAUUUUUGGCCCAACUUGGACAGAUUUUUUCUUUUGCGAUUAUGAUAAAAUGCAAACAGAUUUUAAUGGAUGCACUGCUUUACCUAAUGUGUGAAGUCAUAUCUGUUUGUUCUGCUGGAAACCUUUCUUUAAAGUCUCAAUAAAAAAAAUAAAUUAAAAA